AGGCUUCACAGUCCGAACGUGCAAGCCGAGCGCCAAUUGGCAAGCACGCGGUGUCCGUCUUUCCUGCUCUGAUUGGAUAUCUCUCGUACCCCCCUCGCAUCUCUUUUCAAUUCCGAGGUCAACUCAGGACGUAUGAGAAAUAAAUAAAGCGAAAUAUAAAUGCGUAGACGAAGUGAGUGGGGGACUCACGAACAAGCCUGCUGCCUGUCGCGAAGAGACUUGUUUGGGUCAAUCGCCGUCCAACCAAAAAUCUGAGAGAAUUGAUAGACGUUGAUUCCAACCAAUGAGAAGUGACAGCGAGUGACAGAUAUAUCACCCAGUCCAGUUUGCGCUCCCACGACACAACUCUGCGAAGCCCAGACGACACAAAAGGCGUGUCUGAAAAAACAUCUGGACCAAUAGUGGAAAAAAGAAGGCGGAGUCGGCUGAUUCGCCGAAAAGGGGGAGAGAUCGCACGGCAGAGAGGUCUUUUCGGGUUUUGGGUUGGGAAAGUUAGGAUGCACCACACGCCUAUUUGAUUGAAACACAGAGCGAAGGCAAAGAUGGGUUUACUGUGAACAAACAGAAGGAAUUGGGGGUUCGGAGAGGACAUUAUUUGUGCUGUUGACAAAAUUAAAAAUAAAGACAAGGAACAAGGAACUGCGAAGAAAAUAAAUUAGGCCACAAAUUAAGCUAGUCCUUGUCUUUUUGUUUUUUUGUUUUUUUUAUUUUUUUGGAACGCAACCCGAAGACAGAGGAGAAACUACCAACUAGCCUACAGCCUCCAGUCCCCAGGAGAGAGAAAGAAAGACAGUAUAGGCUACUGGCUACAGACACUGAAAAGAAAGGACCCUUACAUCGCCGUGGCCCGCAAGAUAGACAGCAAGAGGCGACAAAGGGGAAAGGAAUCCCCCAACUCCGAACAAGCAGGUUGCCAAGGCAACAGGGCCGUGAGGCAGCGGCGCGUCCUGAGAGGGGGGGUUGGUGCCGAUGUGAGCCCCGGAGCCCCCACACGCCCCGACGCUGAGACCCCACGAUCACCCACCGUCUCGCUGGGGCUCCACACUCACACACUAUCACCCGCCGCCACCACCACACACACAUGUGCAUCUAACAGACCUUGAAAAGAACAACAGAUCACCUGAGAGCGAGAAAGAGAGAGAGAGGAAGAGAUGCUCUGAUCAAAGACAAACACCGACUGGACACACACACAUGCACACACACACACACACGUACAUAUACACCCUCACAGACACACACUCUCAACCUAACACCGUCAGACUGUAACAGAUCCUCCCCCCGGUGUCCUGUCUCUGAGCGAGUCGAGUGAUGAGCGGCGAGCGCGUGCACAGCGUCAACCUGCACAACUUCAGCUCGUCCGUGCUGGAAACCCUCAAUGAGCAGCGCCAGAGGGGACACUUCUGUGACGUCACCGUCCGCAUCCAUGGCAGCAUGCUCCGCGCACACCGCUGUGUGCUGGCCGCGGGCAGCCCCUUCUUCCAGGACAAGCUGCUUCUGGGCUACAGUGACAUCGAGAUCCCGGCGGUGGUGUCGGUCCAGUCUGUGCAGAAGCUCAUCGACUUCAUGUACAGCGGCGUCCUGCGCGUGGCCCAGUCCGAGGCACUCCAGAUCCUCACAGCUGCCAGCAUCCUGCAGAUCAAGCGCGUCAUCGAUGAGUGCACGCGCAUUAUGGCCGGCACGCCAGGUGGCUUCGGGACGACCUCGGGCUCCACCGGGCACGGCGGCGACUCGUGCCAGGAGACCACGCCGCGCGGCACGCCUGAGUCGGGCACGUCGGGCCCCAGCAGCGACGCGGAGAGUGGCUACAUGAUCGCGGCGCAGCAGCAGCACAGCCUGGAGCGCGUCUACACCUCGCUCUACUCCGGCCUGAGCGUCCAGAACGGCAAGGACGGCGGCGGCGGGCAUCACCAGGGUUACCUGCACACGGGUGGCGGCGGCGUGGGAGUGGGCACCCAGGGCCAGGAGCCCGCCUGGAUCGCACGCAUCCACGAGAGGUCGCAGCAGGCUGUGGAGCGCUACCUCAGUACCACGCCGGAGAGCUCCGGCCACUGCCGCAAGCAGCCGCGCCCCGUCAGGCUGCACCCGGGGGGGCUGCACAUUAAGCAGGAGUCGGAGGAUGACUACAGCAGCUACAUGUCCUACUCGUCGUCUGGGGGCGGGGGCCUGGGUGGCGGGGACGAGGGCUCCGAGAGCGAGCCCAAGGGCGAGAGCUUCGACUCGGGCGUCAGCUCCUCGGUGGGCACCGAGCCGGACUCCGCCGAGCAUCCCCACCAGCAACAUCAGUUCCUGUUCGGGGGCCGGGAGGAGGCCUCGUCAGAUGCGGGACGCCCCUCCCCCACCCACCACGGCCCUCCCUCCUCCCUCUCUAUGGCGCGCAUCGAGGUCAGCGAUUCGUCGCCGGAGCGGACGCUCCACGAGUCGGACGGCCCUCUCGGGUCGGGGUCACUGGCGUCCGGCGCCAGCCCCGUGGAGACGCUGAUCCCGCAGUCGCCGGGGGCAACGAUGCCCUCGGCCCAGCUGUACCUGCGGCAGGCGUGCGAGAGCCCCGCCGGCGGUCUGCGGCUGCCCCUCACGCUCACCAGCAACAGCCCGGUCAUGGGCACCGCCGGCAAUGCCUACGUGCCGGCCAUCUUCGCCGCUCAGCCCUCCAGCGCCUCCAAGCCUUUCCUCUUCAGCCUGCCCCAGUCCAUGGGCUCCGGCGGGGGCGCGGGAGGGCAGUUUGUCACCGUACCCCCCGCGCCCCCCACCCACGGCCCGCCGGGGUUGUCCCCGUUCCCGGGGGGAGGGGGUGGCCAGCCCGGGGGUGCCGGGGGGGUAGCCGGGCAACAGGGAGAGAAGAAGCCGUACGAGUGCACGCUCUGCAGCAAGACCUUCACCGCCAAGCAGAACUACGUCAAGCACAUGUUUGUGCACACAGGUGAGAAGCCGCACCAGUGCAGCAUCUGCUGGCGCUCUUUCUCUCUGAAAGACUACCUGAUCAAGCACAUGGUCACCCACACCGGAGUGCGCGCCUACCAGUGCUCCAUCUGCAACAAGCGCUUCACGCAGAAGAGUUCCCUCAACGUCCACAUGCGGCUGCACCGCGGGGAGAAGUCCUACGAGUGCUACGUCUGCAAGAAGAAGUUCUCCCACAAGACCCUGCUGGAGCGUCACAUGGCUCUGCACGCCGGCGGCGUUGGCGCAGUGGGCAUGAGCGGAGUAGGCGGCGCCAUCUCCGCUGGCGUGGUGGGGGUCACCAGUGGAAUGCCGGGAUUGGGCACGCCCGGCGUCGGAGUGAUCGGCGUUGGAGGAAUGGGCGGAGCUGGAGGGGGAGGGAGCGUGAGUGUGGUGGGAGGGGCCACUGUGAUGGGCGGAGCCAGUGUGAGUGGCGUGAGCGGCAUCAGUGGAGCAGCAUCGGUUGUAACGGGGACAGGGGGAGGGGCGUCCUCCGUGGCCAUGACCCUCUCCGACCCUGGGGUGUCGGCCCUCGCCGUGGCAUCCGGAGGGCCCGGGUCGGUUGGAGUCGGGACAGCGGUGGGCGUGGUGUCUGAAGGAGCCGCCUCCCACCAGGAGUCAACGACAUACGUCUGCUCCGUCUGUCCUGCCAAGUUCGACCAGAUCGAGAUGUUCAACGACCACAUGCGCAUGCACGUGACGGAUGGCUAAGAAGUCGCGUUUCACCAGCCAAGCAGACAACCAAUCAGAAUCCAGUCAGCCCAUCUACACAACUGAGCAGCAGCAAACCCCAACAGUCAAAGCAACAGCAACAGUGUUCUCAUACAAGCCCAACAUUAUCAGCUUACAGAAGACAACAGUUCAAACCCGGAUGUUUUAACAGAAAAUCAAAGAAAAGAACUUCAGUUUGUUUUGGACGAGUGGAGAUGAAAAAAAAUGAAUGGAGGAUAUAAAAACAUACCUAGAAUGGCACUAGAUUUUUUUUUCUUUCUUUUUAUCUUUUUUAAUUGUCUUAAGAGAUCUUUUUGAAGGCAAUGUUUGAAUAUAUAUAUAUAUAUAUAUAUAUAUAUAUAUAAUAUAUAAUAUAUAUAUAUAUUAUAUAUUUAUAUAUAUGUUGUUAGCACAUGUAUGCUACUACUGGCACAUUUUUGAAAUAUUUUGUCUUUAUUUUAUGAUGUUUCCCAGAGAAAAAAACAAUGUUUUAUGUGUUUUAUGUUCUCCUUACAAUUUAAUUUUUUCGUGUUAAGAAUUCCUUCAUUGUUGCCUUAAAGGCUGAUGCACAGUAACAUUGGCUGACCAAUCCACUGGUUGGAUUUUGUUGUCAUCGUAGUUACUAGUCGGCCUCUAAACACACCGAUAAAAAAAGGUAAAUAUUUGUUCAUGCUCUGACUGAGCUUAAAAAGGUAAAUAUUUGUUCAUGCUCUAAAUGAGCUUAAAAAUAAGUCCUAUGUUUAUUGCAGAUUUCGUUAUGUGUUAAACACUACCAGAAUCUGGCGGGGGGAAAAAGAGAAACCUAAGAGACAAAACACCCACACCACACAAAAAGCCAGUUCUGCAAUGCCCUAAAACAGUACAAAGCACUGUAAGUGCAACGUCCACACACACCCAAAGCCAGUUCUGCAAUGCCCUAAAACAGUACAAAGCUGUAAGUGUGACGCCACGUUCAACACCUGUGAAUGUGCCCAGACACACAGAUCGACAGUGUCCAUGAUCUAGUGUCAUAGUAUUGUACAAUACAAUAUUCCCAAAACAUUGCCGUUUUAAAAUUUUGCCGUGUAGAAACAAAAACGGAAUAGCUAAGAAUAUACGUUUGGUAUUAGCAUCCUUCAAAUUUUAUUUGUAGACCGAACUUUGGAUAGCUGAAAAGCAUUCAAACAUUACUGUGGUAUCAUGUUGACACAAUUUUUUAUUACGUUUUUCGACGACACACAAAAAAAAAAAAAGUAGAAAAAUAUUGAGACACAGAUAUGCCUUGUUCAUUUUUUCAUCUGUGUGGGGAUUGUAAAACGUGAGAAUUGUCAACACUGGGUUUGUGAUUAUUGACGAUUAUUGUUAUUGUUGUUACGAUAAUAAUAGUUGUUGCUGUUAUUUAUUGAGCGUUUGCUGAUAUGUGGGAAUAUGUGGUAAAAUGGAAAGCAAUGUUGCAGCUGUUGUCAUGACAAUUAUGAUUGUCAUUUAAAAAAAAAAAAAGUGGUACAAUUCGGCUUGUGUUUGUUAGAUGUUGGAAAACUACAGAAAAGACAAAAAAAAACGAUUCUUUCACGUAAAAUUGAAAGAAUUAUGCUUUCACAAAAUAUUUUCAUUUUGUUUUUAUGUUUUAAUUUUGACUUAAUUUACAAUUAUUACCAAUAAUUAAGAAUAUUUUAUAGUCACAAAAAGCUUGAAGGUCAACUCUUUCCACAGUGUGUGCUCGUUUUUAUAAAUAUCCAAAGUAAAAAAAAGUGGAAAAAGAUUCUACAUGCUUUAACGCACAUUAUAUUUGAUUGGUUUGACUUUUAGUCCUGCAUCGCACUGCCACAAUAAUCCUUUAGUGCAAAAAACACAACAACACAAAUAAAUAAAUCAUGACUGUUUCUGAAGACCUCUUCCACUGAAACCAUACAUGCACACAGUUAAAUUCCAGAAGUAAACUGAAAUCUUUUGAAAAUUGUGUUCAUAUUAAAAAAGUUUGAUUAUAAUCAAUAAUAAUAAUACAGUUUUAUUAUUAUUGUUAUUUCAUAAAUAACAAAAAAUUGACAUGAAGUGCGAAGCUAAGCUAAUGCCUGCUUUUAUCAUUUUCUGGCACCUUCUGAAAAAUAAUUUCUUUGCCUUUUAUCCCAAAAUAACUUGAUCAAAGUGAGCUUUUUUGUGUUGCACUUAGAAGUAAAGCAGUCGACCACAAAAUAUUUCCACUCUUUAAUUUUUUUGCAAACAUAACUUCUUCUCAACAAGAGAUUUGGUCUGUUAUCAAAUUGUCCUCCAUUAUUAUUUUUUGUUUCAAACGCAGAAAAUGAGUAUCAUCACAGGGGUUGGUUGUCCCGAAAGAGCCAUUAAAUAUGGACUGUUUGUAAAAUUAAAUGUCAUUGUCCAUUCAAUUUCCAUGCUGUAUUUCAUUUGCCCCAUGCUCUAGAGAGGCAAUCCUUGUUGGAAUGCUUUAUCUGAACUGCUUAGCGAUCAGGGCGACAUUAACACAUCGGGCCUCUGCCGUACUCCCACCCUACUCCUGUCAUUAGAACAAACCCCCAAUUCAAUCAAUCACCCCUUUCAACAAACCCCCAAUUCAAUCAAUCACCCCUUUCAAAUGUUAAUUAGUCAAGACAUGGACAGCCCACCCCUGUGAAACUAUAUCUUGUCAACUCUUAGAACUCUGCAAUUUUUUUUCUGUCUUUGUAGAUUUGACCAAAAAUGACCAUUUUAUGUCCAAUUUUACUUUGUUUUUGUUGAAUGUAAAACUUGAGAAAUAAUCCCUUUUCCUGCCUAAUAACCAGCGAGAGAGUAGACAGGGCACUGCACCGCCACCCCUCUCUGGUGGGUUUCGUCUGCCCCCAACCCCAACCCCAACCUUAGACUGUAAUAAGGGGAGAGUCCUGUCUGUUUACAUGACUAUAUGAGACGCCUAGACAAGGCAGUACUGAUUUGGCUCCUAUUUAACAAAUGCACUAUCGCUGCUUGUUCAUUUCUUCCUCUUCAAACUGCUUGACACAGGCUGUCAGAGAUGAAUGUUUGGCAUGCUAUAACAUAUUCCCCCUCCCAUAGCUCCACCACCAAACCCCCAAUGAUUGCAAUUCUCAUGUACGGCUGCCAUUAAAAACAUCAGCCAACAUAACACUCCUGUAUGAGGCCGAUGCACCCCUGAGGAAAAUAAAUAAAAUAAGAUAAAAUUAAAAAAACAUUCACAACAGCAACAUACAACAAGACACUGUCAGAUAUGCAAUUUAAAGACCACCUUCAGGAAAUACAGCAGUGUCAGUCAGGCAGAGCAGCUUGAAGUACAGGAAAAGGUUGGCUGGUUUGACUAGUACAUGCAGUAGUAUUUUCAUUUGGGCAAAACUCACAUCACAAACCUUCUAAUUUUUUUCCAGAUGGGUGAUCUUUUCUUGAUUUUUUUUUUUUUGCAUGCUUAGUGCUAUCCCAGCAAUUCAUGUUUUUGUAUUUAAAGUUUAAAGGUUAGCUUCAUGUAGUGCACUCCUAUCAUUUUUUUGUCCAGUCUUGUCCAAACCUUUAUCAGUAUGCUGAAAUUUAGAUAGUGAAUCAUUAAAAUGUUAAAAAUGCACCUUCAGCAGUUUCAUACAUUCCUAUGUGCAGUUUGGGCAGACUAGCUGAGAGAUGUAUGUUAAGCCUGAUCACCCAAACGCUCAGAUGGUCUGAUCUGAUCCGAGCCCUGGGCGUCCAGACUGCUGCCGCCGCCCCAGUCAGUGAGCAACGUGAGGCUACAGCCUGGGUUCAUUGGCAAAUCAGUGAGCAGCUUGAGGCUACGUCCUGGGCUCAUUGGCCAAUCCUGCUGCCACUCAUUUUGCCUUGAAGGUGGCACAUAAGAACUAGCAAAGACCCCCCCCCCCUUCUCCAAACACACACAUGUACAAACAUAUUUGGGCUUUUUGAUACUUUAACCAAUGUGGCUUCUGAUACAACAAUAAUAGACCAAUAAAAUUAACCUUUUUUUUUUUAUCCAAAAGCAACAAAAAACACAGAAACAUGGAAGAUGCCAGAUUGGUAUCAACAAGGAAAUGUAGAGUUAAUGUGGGAGAUAUGCUACAUUUUUGCUUUUUUUCCCAUUUUAUUUGCACAUGUUCACUUCCUAAAUGUUGUCUGUGCUUUUGUUUUAUAAAUGUAAGAAAAAAAACAUGAAAAUGUGUUGAAUUGUUUUUAGUGUUGUCUUUGAUUUUCUGCUUUUGUAACUUUUAGUUUUUUUCUGUGUGAGACAGUGAAACAGUGAUUUUGUAAUUUCUGUCAGAUUUUGUUUGUUUCAAGUUCUGUUGUCGUUCAUAUAAAGGAAUAUUGUUUUUGAAUGGAUGAAAAUGUAAAACAUGAAACAGAACUGUGGCUUGAAAGAAAGACUGUCACCUUUCCUCCUGUUUAACAGGGGGUUCUGUUGCAUAUUUUUGCGAAAAGAAAAUGUUGCAUCUACAUUGCACUGUUUUUUCGAUAAAUUUAAUACCCCACGAAGUGCACUAUUUACUGUUUUAUUAAUAAUUGUGAUUACUUCUUAUUAAUUAUCAUCACAAUGCGAUUUAUGAUGCUGUUACACCGAAAAAGAUUAUAGUGUUUAGAGAUGAAUAAUUGCAAAUAUAUAUUUUUAUUUGUUUGUUGUUUUGAGGUUGGAAAUUUUCAAGUGAAUUUGGAUGGGUGACUAGGGGGAAGUUGAGAGGGUGUUUAAAAUUAUGCUCUUUGUUUAAUUGAUUUUACUAUUUUGAAGCAGUGUAGUUUUGUUGUCAGAGCUUGUUUGUUGUCUGUUAUUUUGUCCUUUCUUUGACUGAUUUGCCUCUAGCAUCACAAUUUUUCACGUUUUCUUGCAUCUCCUAAACUUACCUUUCCUCUACUUAUUUUACAGUUACUUGUUUGGUGGCUUCCUUCUAAUCCUGUGUCAAAACUUGUGACCGUAAAAAAAAAUUACAAUGCAGAAUAAGAUAACACAUAGCUUGACUUUGAACAUCUUAACGUUAAAACACAUUAAGUGUAUCAUCUUUAUAAACUUGUGUUGCUGUUGAUGAUCAGUAGGGCAGGUUAUGAGUGUCGUCGUUCUGGCUGAGUUCUAAACCCAAAGCUAUCGAUGGAGCUUCCAAACUACUGCCGCCGUAGAGGAGCACUGUUCCAGUCACCGUUGCACCCUCACAUACACACACACCGGAUCCAAGCCCUUCACCUGAGGGAGAUGUUAUGUGAUCUGAGCAUGACCUUAAGUCAGUACAGCCUAAAUUAGUACUGAUGUUAACUGAUUUAUCUCAAGUUUAAAUGUUAUGCACACAUGGAGAAUAGCCUACAGUUUUAAUCCUGGCUAAAUUAACUUAAGCUACACACACACACACACACACACACACACACACACAGACAGCUUGAGGUGAUUAGUAUUACCCUAUGAGACUUGAGGUAGCACGCUUGGCUACAGUGCUAGGAGCUAAGUCAGUAACCCAGCUGCUAACUCUGCCACAGAGCCAGGUGACCAGGUGCUAUCGAGACUGAAGCCCUGUAAAGUGGGUCCAAACUAUGGCGCCACCUUCCUGUGGCUCAACAAAACAUUACAAAAUUUCCUUGAAAAUGAGAAUUUCUAAAUUCGUGCUGGCAAACAAAUGUACGACGAGCCGCACUUCUUGCUGUGGCACUGGUUAUCACAGAACUUUGAUGUUGUGAGCCAUUCUGUACUCAUCUGCGGCAACAUGCUAAAACGCUAGCUAGUUAGCUUGUGUGAAGUUAACAUCCUUGCAAAUGUGCCAUUAAGAUGCAAGCUAGUUAGCUUGUGUGAAGUUAACAUCUCUGCAUAUGGUGCCAUCAGGAUACUAGCUGGUUAGCUUGCUUAGAUGUAGCUGUGCUCUCAGCUACCCUCUGUAAUGAUGCAAUGGCAGGCAACAGGACAUCAGAGAUGUCUUAGCCCAGCACUCCCAAAGGGCCACCAGCUUCCUGCUUUACACUGGGAAAACCCUAUAGGAAGAUCAAUCAGUCACUGUGCAUGUAUAUAUUCACACACAUUUUCUCUGACACACACAAACACACAUACACACACACCUGCCUUAAUUCUAAUUCCAGUAAAUGCACUAUUUGGUUGAAGAGGUGCUUCAUUGCUGUCCUACUAGAUAUCAUGAGUUUUAUGUCAGAAGAUAUUUGUGUAGUAUUAUAUAAUGACCACAGUAACAAUUCAGUGUCCACUUCAGAGGGUUUGGUUGUUGUGUGUUGGUUUUAUGAACAAAUUGGGUGUUGUUUCAGUAUGAACUUCCUGUUCUCCUAUUGGUAGAGGACUGGUCUGGUUGAGGAAAGAACGAGAUAGAGAAGGGACUUCUUAAUAUGGCACUUAAAGAUAAUCAUAAUUUGUCUUAAAUAUGUCUCAUUUGUAGUCAUCGUCUCCUGAAGUUAGCCCCUUUUAUUUGGUGUCAAGCGUUUUGCAGAUUCACAGUCCUUUGCCAGCAUUUAACAUCCUAUGUAGUCACCUUAAUAUCUUGUGUUACACCUCCAGCUAUGCCUUCCUCCAAUAUAUAUGUAAUUUGUAUGUGUGGGUGGGGACAGGGGUGGGGGGUGUUGUCACGGUGAUAUGGUGGUCAGGAAAGGAUUGUUGUUCCCUUACCUUAAGCUGAUGAUAAUUCACAUUCUUUGUCUGGUGUGGGUAAAUAGAAGAAAAAAAAUGACCAAAAAAAAAACAAGUAAAAAAAAAUGAAGCACAGCUUCUUUCAAUGACUCUGUUGGUAUUUCGUAUUCCAAGUUCCUUUGUGUUCUGCUGUUGAUGACCGGUGUGGUUCAGCACUGUCCUCUGUGCAUCUCUAGUUUAGUGUAGAGGCCGAGGUCCAUACUCCUCACACGCCAUCAAAAUUUUCCUUUUCAGUAAGCUUCACAAGUAAAUACUAUAAACAACAGUUUGCAUACAGUCUUCUUUCACUUUGAAAUCCGUCAUUUUGAAAAAUAAUAAUAGUAGUGUACACAUAUAUGUACUUUCAUAGUCACUCUUCUCAUAAUACAUUUUUACAGCAUAGUUUUUCUGUUUUAUUUUUGUUCUGUUUUAAUAGUAACCAUAACAGUAGUUGUACCAGUACCAGCGGGUGUGUAGGGACGUAGCUUCUGUCUUGUGUGGGGUUUUUGUGUCAGGUCUCCUUUCUGGUAUUUCAUUGUGCUCCGUCGUGAUUUUUUACUUCUCUCAGAUUCCUUCCUGUUUUGUUGAGGUGAUGCACACAGUGGACGUCUUCCUGGAUGUUUUUGACUGAUGUGGAUUUCUGUGUUACCGGCCGUUGGCUCCCUGUCAGUCAGUCCGCGUACAGAGAGGCAAGAGAGGAAGGUGCAGGAGAAACAGCCAUGAAAGAUACACUUCUCACUUCUGUCUUGGUAUGUCUCUUUAGUAUACUCUUGGCUUCCAGAUUUGCCUGAAACCAAAUCCACAGCAUGACGUAUACCACAGAUGUAUUAUGCCAUGUUUGAGUUGGAGUCAGUUUUCUGUCAGGGUGAGUGCCGUACAGACACAUACCACGGACGUAUAGCGCCAUGUUUGUCUGAGUUGGAGUUAGUUUUCUGUGAGUGGGUGAGUGUCGUAUAGUCAGAGAGGUCAAACACUGUUCUUUGCACCUGAGAUAGCUUGCCUUAAUGUUGUUGCGUGUGAUGGAUGUGGCUUGAGUACGCAAGUGUGGCUUGAGUAUGUUAGGUUCUUCUAAUUGGCCUUUCUUUAUGGCAGCAAUUUGCAACUCAUUGUCCGCUCACUGUCAGGCACUUUUGCAGCGUUCUGGAACUAAAGUUGGUGGGAGGGUGACCUAACCGUUCUUCUGAUGCCUUCAGUGAACCACUGUGACAUUAACCUGGACUCUUGUGCCAUCAUCAGACCAACCUGUCCGAUAGGGCCAUUCUUAAACUCCACAUACGAUUAGUUUUGUGACCAAAUGUGACAUUGUAGAAAUGCUGUGUCAUUGCGAGUGUUCCUGCAGUACUUCAUCUCAAAACUGUGACGUUACACCCAAGGAAAUUAUUUGGCCAUGCCCUGUAAUUCCAACUUUAUGCAACUUUCCAUGACAUCAUUUUUGAGGAGAGAAAAAUUGUUCAUAGUAGUAUUAACAAUCCCACAAUUCUGUGUGUCAUAACUGAAAGCUCUGGUUUAUCCAGUUCUUUUUCUUAUUAUAGAACAAUUAUAUGUAGAAGCAUAAAUAAUGAAUAGCAGACAGUGGAAUUUUAAAUACUGCAUGAGACCCAGACCUAGUCUGCAGACGCAAGUGCCUAUGAGAAGCACAGCUAUAUGCAGGACCCCUAGUGUCGUCCUUCUGUAGCGGCUCCACCCACACCCCACUCACACCGUUAGCAGAAAUACCGAGAGAGAAAAGCUGUUAGUAUUACCAGUAAUCUCCAGAGCCGGACUCGAGCACUGUCUGAUCUCUGAAUAAGACCGUUUGUGCCCUGACACCCAGGCCAGCUGACUCUGACACACCCCUGUGCUGAAUGACCAGUCUAGGGUUACUGGUCUUCAGUGAACGGUUUGGAGCAUACUGAUCCUGAUUGGCCAGUCUGGAGAGACCAGUUCAGAGUAUACUGGUGCUGAUUGGCCAGUCUGCAGAGACCAGUUCAGAGCAUACUGGUGCUGAUUGGCCAGUCUGGAGAGACCAGUUCAGAGUAUACUGGUGCUGAUUGGCCAGUCUAGGGUGAAACAUUACUGGUGUUGAGUGACCAGUCUAGGGUGUAACGUUAUUGUUGUUGAGUGACCAGUUUAGGGUAUAACAUUAUUGUUGUUGAGUGGCCAGUUUAGGGUAUAACAUUAUUGUUGUUUGAGUGACCAGUCCGGGGUGUCCAGAGUCAGACGGUUGCUGGGUUUCCACUGCCAUUAAUUGACUUGCUUUUAACUUCAAGAACACUUUUAUAUUCAUCUAAAGAGUAGUGCAAGCAAUAAUGACCUAACUCACCAUAAUCAGCAAGCCCGGAAAAAAUCCAAUACUGUACAUUAACGGUGUGAGGUUCUUCACUUACUGUAAAUCUCACCUGAUCACAUGUAAACUAAUAUAAUAUCUCUGCCUGUCCUGACAUUUAAAUGACACCUCACCGACAUCUUUCAGAACUAUUCUCUUCUAAUUCAGAGUAUUACAUACAUACUGUUAAGCCUCUUAAUAUAAUCACUGAUAUGUUCAUAUGUAAUAAUUCACUGCUUGCAAUGUAGUAAUAUAACACAUUAAAGGCUACUAACACAACAUAAUCCAAAGACUAGACAGUUAAAAAAAAAAAAAAUACAUAUAUUUACUUCAUUACACAUCAUUAUGUUGUAUGAUAUUCUAUUUUACAGUUGUACAAUAAUAUAUAUUAUACAUACAUAUUUUACAGGCUACAGUCUAUACCGUAAAGCAGUGGUCAGCAUAUACAAGAAAAAAAUAUAAGGUUAUUAAUGCAAAUUUCACAUAACUGUGGUGUUUUUUUAUGAUUAUUUUAUUACUUUAUUUUGACAUUGUUUUAUUCAGAUGAGAGUCUGUUGAUCUGUUUCGCUCCAGCCACUUACUAACAAGACUAGUCCCAGCUGAACCCAUGUGACGCUGUGGAGGUUUUACAGGAACGUGUCAUUGUGUAGGUGUAUUAGAAUGGAAAUCGUAUCAGUUAAUUAGCAUCUGCAUUCAUGUUCCAUUGGCGGUCUCCGUAGCUCCAUCUAUGUCUGUUAUGCCCCUACUGUAGAUGUGGUUUGAGAGCCUGACAUUGAGAAGGCAUUGCACCACUGCUCAGGUCACUAGAGAAGAGUAAGUCAACUAACACAUACUGAUACCAAUUCAGUUUUGCACCCUGACCUUCUUAAUCACACUUGCCUAAACGUUUUAGUAGACAAUUUAUAGUACAAACAUUUUUGACAUACAAAAUCAUAGACCCAUACACACACACAAACACAGUAUUCUAGAAAACACUGAAGAAAAAUGCCAUUUUGUAAAUUAGAUUGUUUACACUCCUUAUUUCUAAAAAAUAAAUACUGCCAGCAGCAUUUAAAUUUAAAAAUCUAAAAAUAAAAAAAAUAGGAAAUUUCUUAAACUACACUAACUUCCGCAACUUUGUAGUCAUACUGAAAAAAAAAUACAAUGCAAAACAGUAACAUUUCCAGCAUUGAAAUCGCCAGCUUGAAUUUCACUGCCUGUAGUAUUGCUGAUUAGUGAUUACUGUUGUUGUUGCAACCAGCAAUAUUUUUGCAGCUUUAACUUGAAAGGCCGAAUAUUGGCAGAGACUUUAAAACGCUUGCAGAACCACAUUUUGAGGGACAGGACGUCCCUAAAGUAAAGAAGUUGUUGAGAGUACUGUUAAUUAUCAAUAAUUUUAAUUUUUAAAAAUAAUUUAUCAAUCAUUUUUAAAAUUUCAGAAUAGCCACCCCGUAAUAUUACUAUCGUGUACAGUAAUCUGGCCUGUCUUUACUCUACAAAUGCUAGAGUAGAGUGAAGAUGUUUCUCACAUUGCUAGCACCUUGCUCUAAUGAAUGAGCCACAAUCGGAUGAAAUGCUGCAGUUCUGUUUUUAUUGUGUUUGUUGGGUUUUCGUUUUCCCCUUUGUUUGAAAGAUGUCCUAUUUUGUCUACUAUUCUGACACUACUGUGAUGUGUUUUGCAAAACAUUAAAGUAGAAUGGAACAUUGUUUCCUGGGUUUUUGUACCUUCUUACUUAUUUUCCAUAGGCUGAACAGAUUGUGCCACUGUAGGCCUCUUGUGUCCACUGUAGAGCGUGGCUAGGCUAACGUGGCUAUGCUAGUUGUACCCUUCAGCAAAUAUGAUAUAAUAUCUGGGUACGUUUCCAAUGUAACGAAUGCUCACCUGUUUGCUUUCCACCAGCAGAUAGAUUGCUCUGUUGAUUUGCCAAAGGAAGUGAGAAACCUGACUCUUCUUUCUGUGUAAUUUGUUGUUGGGACAUUUGAUUUAAAAAAAAAGAAACUAAGAAAAUAGAAAGAGAAAUACAUGAUGCAGACAUUGGCUGUCCAGGUCAGAUUGAUAUUGUGUAACACCAAGAAUGUCAGAGUAUAAGGAAAGUUUGAAUGUAGACAAAUUGGUUUGUGCUGUGACUUCGGUUACAAACACUGGAAAUGAUUCUUGGGAGAGGUCAUACAAUGUUUUGUUUUGUUUUGUUUGCUGUUUGUUUUAUUUUUUGCAAAUGACCACAAGAACUGCUUUUGCACUUUGGUUGACCUGUAAAAGUGGUGCUGCCCCUUUGAGCUGUUGGUGUUUUCCGGAUUAGGCAAUACACAACCACAUACUUAACCCCCCCUUCUCUGUCUUUCAAAAAAUUGUGACGUGGCGUCCCAUGUAAGUCUUGGGAACCCGUGUGCUUUUUCAGCAGCCUACAUGAAGAGUUUGGCCUUUAAAUACCCCAUUUACUUAGUCGCUAUCUUUCGAAAUAGUUCAAUCUUUGUGUGACCAAAAGUAAUAAACUUUAUAUUGUUCCCAUAACCAUAUAAUUCAUAGAAAUAAAUAUUUUUUACAACAAGUGGUAAAAUUUUUGUCUUUUCCAACAGCUUUAGUUUACCCUUAAAAAUCUAACAAAAAUAAUCUGACAAAAUAGCUGACACACAAAAUGACUCAACAUUUUUAUGUUUCCAAAAUUCCUUUAAAAAAAAUUUAAAAAAGAAAUAAGAAAAAGAAAGAAAGAAAUUUAUACCCCUGGAUAAAUAUGUUGAAACCACUGUCUAAUGUGUCGUAUAAACCACUACAAGUUAAACAAAUCGACUUAAACACACUUUUAAUGGACAGCCUGUUGUGGCAACAUUGUCUCCAAAACAAAACACAAAAUAACAAAAAUUGAUAAACAAAGAACUGCCACUUUUAUGAACUAGACAAGAGAUUUGCACUAAAGAAAAAAAAAAUCUCCUGCCCAUAACCUGGUCUCAUUGAUUGGGCAAGGGGGAAAUAUCUUCCAUUUUUUUAUUAAAUAGCAAUAUAAAACCAAGAGAAAUGUCGGAACACAUUCAUCAACCACAUUCUGAAUAAAAGAAAGAAAUAAGUGUGCACUGAUGAUACUAUAUUACAUGUUUUCAUUUUGUGUGAAGGAACUGGUCUCUGAGGAGAAUGUUUUUUUUUUUUUUGUAUUUAUUUUUAUUGUUAUUUACUGUUAUUGGCCUUUUCUGAGUGUAAUAGAAGUAAAAUCAGUCUUUUCCUCGUCUCGAAAUGGUGGUUGUCUUUCUUUUCUUUUUUUUUUUUGUUUAACUAAAAAAAACAAUCUCCCUUUGUAGGAUUGAUCCUUAAUGCCCAUGCUUAACAUAGAUCCUUGUGAUAUUAAGGGUUCCUUGUGCUGGCCUCAGCAUAUAGCUUAUGUGAAGUUUUUCCCCACGUGCUGGUAAUGUUCAUGCAGCAUACGUGGACAUACAGUAAUAGACAAUCCACUGAAUGUUGUUAUGGAAAAUAAUGGAAAAUGAAGUGACACAGUUGAGUUAAAUUUGAAAUAAGUAAACCAGCAGUUCUAGACAUGCCACUACAAAAAGUUCAUGUUUUACCAGUUUUCCUGCAGGAGUGUUUCCUGCAUUUUUUUCCAAAGGGAGAUUGUAUAGAUCAACAGCCAAAUUCAUGUUAGAGUACCUUAAUCAGCAUGUUAUGGACAUAAUCGGCCUUUCUGUGCUAACUGUGUUUAUCAGGCCUGUGGGAAAGAUGUCAGGUGAGAAAGGGGGCGAAGACAAAUGUGAAAUGGUAAAAGUUUUUUCCAGAAGAUAGUAUUCAGCCUCCUGUGCUUACUUCUUAUGUUUCUGUCACCAGAGGUAUUUGUAGCUUGUGUUGUAUUGUUGGUAAUCCAUCAAUAGACUAUUUCUAAACUAUACGAAAAACUGCUGGAGUUAGUUUUGAGCGAAUAAAUAGCCCAGUAUCUGAAAUAAUGUGCAGUUUUAUUUUUACACCUUUAUAGAUGUUUGUGUUGGUUUUAUUUAAGAGGGGAAGACUAGCAACAUUCUUCAGAUUUUUCAGUUCUGAUUCCUCGGCACUUUUGUUGAUGUGACAGUGUGUUUUAUUUGUACCAAGGGAUUUAUUUUCCUUCCGCCGUUGUUUGUUUUUGUCUACGAAACAAAACAAAAAAAUAGAACACGUAAUAAAAUGAAUAAUGUUUCUCUUGCCAGCGUGUGGUGACUUUUUUAUAUCUAGAGAAUCAUUUCAAUGUGCCUUCUUCUCUUUUCUCUUUGUAACUCUUGGUGAAGCUAUUCGUAGUUAAGAUGCUAGCAUAUAUAUCUGUAAAAUUAAUGAGUACCAUGGAAAAAAACAUUUGGAAAACCAGCUUGAGAUCAAUGUUCUUUGCACUAUAUACCCCCCAAAUUGCUUUUAUCUGGUUGUUUUUUUUUUUUUUUUGUAUCGUGAUGUGUAUUUAUAAACGGAAACAAAUAAAUGAAUCAAAUUAAAA